UUCACCCGUAAAUAUAAUUUAUAAUUAGACAUGUUUUCUUUAGAAUGGAAUAUCUGAUGAAUACCCGGUACGAAAAGUGUUCUUGAGAGACCAUGGGGUCCGGCAGUUCUAAAGCCUCAAGUGCAGCCUCUACAUCUGAAAGGACAGAGAAUAAACAGCCCUUGUCAAAGACAGUCCAAAAAAGUAGUAAGCCAGCUCCUCAGCAGAAUGGUGGACAAGUCAAUGGACAAUCAAGCAACCAACAAACAAGUACAUGUACAGUAAAAGAUAAAAAAUCAACAGUUCAAAAUGGCCGUCCUGCAUAUGAUAAGGAAAAGACAGAUUUUGAACUUGCAAAGAAAAGGAUAUCAACCGCUGUUAGUCGGAAGGCACAUGUCCAGAAAAAGUUUAGCCGUGGUUUUAGCAUGGCAAAAAUUCAGGCGAAGAAAGAGAAAUGUACAAGUAAUCCAAUAUUGUUGGGAGAUAUCAAUCAACAUUUUCCUCCCACUGCCAAAAUCGUCAGAAUAUUUACCAGUAGUACUUUUACAGAUACAAAAUAUGAAAGAAAUUCUUGGAUGGUUCAUUCCUAUCCCAGAAUUCAAUCUUUUUGUCGUGACCAUGGUUACGAGUUCCAGGUUGUUGAUAUGAGAUGGGGAGUCAGAGAUGAAGCUGCAGAUGACCACAGCGCUGUAGAUCUUUGCCUCAAGGAAUUGGAACAAUGUCAAAAACUGUCAACUGGUCCCAAUUUUGUGAGCCUAUUGUCUCACAAGUAUGGAUACAGAAAUCUCCUAAAACAGAUUGAAGCAAAAGAAUUUGAACAAUUGUUACAAGCCAUUGACUCUACAGAAGAUAAAGAACUGCUAACAAAAUGGUAUAAGAGAGAUGACAAUGCUGUACCACCAGUUUAUGUUCUCCAAAGAAUCAGUACACAACUUCCUGAUUUUAUCUCCUCCAAUGUCGAUGAUAAAAAUAAAGCCAAAGCAAUAUGGUGGAUACACAGUGAUAAAAUGCAGGAUCUUUUAGCUGCUACUGCAGAAAAAUGUCUUGGGCCUGAAAAAGCUAGAAAUUAUUUGGUGUCAGUAACAGAAAGAGAAGUACAGAUGGGAUUAUUAGACAUUAAGCAUCCAGAGACAUGCUGUAUAUGGUUUAAACGUAACAUAGAGAAAAUUGAAGAUGACAUACCAUCAAAACCAUUGUCAAGAUAUAUAGAUUGUCUUGGUGAGGAAGAAAAAUGGAAGAAAUCUAGAAAGCUUUUGUCAGAACUUAAGGAGGAGAGAAUGUCAAAAGUUCUUCCUUCCAAGAAUAUUGUACAGUAUAAUGUAAAUUGGAAACCUGGAGAGGGAAGCUAUAAAAGAGGAAUAGAUCCAGAAAACAAGGAACAUGCUAAAUAUUUAAAGCAGAUCAGUGAAGACCUGGUAACCUACAUGCAGGAUAUGAUAGAUAGAGCUAUCAAGGAAAGGGAAAAGCAGGAACUAGUUGAUCCUUUGCUAGAAGAGUGUAAGCAGCAUAUAGUAUUCUGUCAGGAAAAAUGUCAUGGUUUCCAAGGACGGGAGGAUAUUUUAAAAAGAAUAAAAGCCUAUGUAACAGGGAAUUCAGAAAAUCCGUUAGUGAUACAUGGAUUUUCUGGCUGUGGUAAAACUUCCAUUAUGGCUAUGGCUGCUAAACUGACAAAAUCAAUCUGGAAAAAGCAGGCUGUAGUUUUAUGCAGAUUUAUAGGUACAACACCAGACAGUUCAACAAUAGGACCAUUACUUAAAAGUCUGAUAUUACAGAUUCGUCAGACAUAUGGUCUAGAUAAAGCUACUUCAGAGGAAAUUUUUCAUGACGUUGAGAGCAUUGAGGAACUUAAGGAGGACUUGAUAACAUCCUUAGGAUUACCUCUAACAGAUGUACCUCUAGUUAUCUACCUCGAUUCUCUGGACCAGUUAGAUACUGCCAAUGGUGGCAGGAGUUUAUCAUGGCUACCAGAAGAGUUUUCUGCCAGUGUUAAGAUUGUAGUGUCCACAUUAGAGGACAGGCAAUAUGAAGCAUUUCCUAAACUUAAAACCAUGCUUCCAGAUGAGAAUUUUGUCCACAUUCCAGAUCUUUCUGUCCAAGAUGCCAAAUCCAUUAUACAGAGCUGGUUACAGUCCCAGCAUCGUAUUCUAACAUCAACACAGAAUGAUAUUGUUGUUAAAGCUUUCAAUAAGUGUUCACUAGCAUUGUUUCUAAAGCUCAGUUUAGAUGAAGCCUGUCAAUGGAGUUCUUUCACACCACCUAAUCAGAAUGUAUUACAGAAAACCGUUAGAGACAGUAUAAAUAGUUUGUUUCAUCGGCUAGAAGUCAGAUAUGGAGAUUUAUUUGUCAGCAGGACUCUGGGUUAUGUAACUAUAGCCUUGAAUGGUUUGUCUGAAACAGAAUUGGAGGAUAUAUUGUCAUGUGAUGAUGAUGUCCUUAAUGAUCUUUACCAGUAUUGGACUCCACCAAUCAGACGUCUUCCACCUCUUCUCCUUGUUAGAUUAAAAACAGAUUUACAGCAAUAUUUAGUGGACAGAGGUGCAGAUGGUGUAAGAGUGAUAUACUGGUAUCAUCGACAGUUUAUUGAGGCUGCCCAGGAUAGAUAUUGUACUAAAGGGAAACAGUCAUUAUUACAUUCUGCUCUAGCUGAUUUUUUUGCAGGAACAUGGUCCAAUGGGAACAAGAAGCCAUUUGAAAAUACAAAAAAUAAAACAAAAGGUAUAGAGGAUAGACUUGUUACAGCUCAGCCUUAUAAAUUUAAAGAUUCCUACAACUAUAGGAAACUAGGGCACUUACCUUACCAUAGGAUAAAAGCAGGACAACUGGAAAAAGCGAAAUCUGAAUGUCUGUGUAACUUUAAAUUUUUACAGACCAAGCUUAUAGCAAUGACAUACAGGAAUGUGUUCAGAGAUCUGAAUCUUGCCAGGAAUACUUUUGAAAAUGACAAGGAGAUAUCUUGGAUUACAGAUGCCUUUAAAUUGUCUGAAUAUGCCCUUUCAUAUGAUCCUUAUCAACUGGCUCCACACAUGAUUGACAGAUUGUCAAAAGAAAAAAUUGUCAGUGGUUUCAUUGAGCAGUGCAGACAGAGUGAUAUCCCUUAUUUGGCCAGUAGUGAUGAAGUCCUUUUAAAGCCUGGUGGAGAAUUGAUCCAUACUAUGACAGGACAUACAUCUGUAGUUAAAAGUCUGGAUGUAACUGCUAAUGGUAGUACGGCAGUCACAUGUGGACAGUUUGGAGAUGAUGUUAUCAGAACAUGGUCUUUAAAGGAGGGCAAACUUCAGAAAGAGUAUGACAACUUACCUACAGAUCCGGAGAAAGCUUAUUUCGCUGACAAGUAUAAAAAAGUACUCAUUCAUUACCGUGGUCAAGUAGUAAUCAUCAAUAUUGCUAAUAACACACGGGAAAAAGUGCAAAUUCCAAACAUGUGUCAGCUUUGUGUUUUUGGACCAGACAAGUCAAUAUUUGGAACAUUCAUAUUCAGGGAUUGCACUUUCUAUAACACUGCUGAUGGGAAGCUGAGGGAGAAAGUUUCAUUUGAUAAAACAGAAGAAAAUUUGUUUGACAUAAGGUCUUGUACUUCAGCCACAUCAAAUUAUGUAGCAUUAACUAAUGCCACAGAGGAUGAAUUCUAUGUAAUCAAUAUCACUACCAAAGAAUUGUCUUCCAGUAAACGUGAGACCACAGAAUCGUACACGGUUGAUGCCAUAGUCAUCACACCAAGCCAAAAAACAGUCAUCUGUGCCUCGUUCCUGGAAUCAACUAUUAGACUACAUGACAUAAAAACACUGAAAAUCUUAAAGCAGAUUAAAACUAGAGAUGAGCCAUAUGAAGAGAUAAGUAAUUUCCAUGUGACAAGAGAUGGCAAAUAUUUGUAUUUCCCUUGCUACAGAGAGGUCAUAAUGAUUAAUCUGAAAGAAGAGACGGAAACAAGGAAAUUCCGGAGCCAUCCUGAUUCGAUCACUGACGUAUAUAUUUACUCUGAUGACAGAGCAGUAACAAUUACCCAGGAUCCUAUAGUGAGAUUGUGGGAUAUGUCCGAAACUAACAAAGCCAGUGAUAAAGAUAAACCUUUACAGAACCAUCGUAUUGUGCAAUUUAAACCCCUACCAAACUUAAGACAUGUAGUUGUGAUUGGAAACCCAGAUUCUACACAGACUGAGGAUUACUACAUGUAUGUGUAUGACCUUGUAGAAAAAUCUAUUGUGCAGUCAACAGAACUGGAUGAAGGUUCACAUCUACUUGAAGUUAUAGAUGACAACACUGUACUUGUACUACCAAUGAGUCUGAAGCCAAAGACCAUUGAUUUACAAACAAUGACAAUUAAAACUGUAUUCCAAGGCAGAGUCUGUGACAGAUGUAAACUAUAUAAAAUGACAAAUGAUGGAAAAGAGUUUAUAUGUGUAUCAAGAGGAAGAAGGAAUAUCAAGGUGUAUAGUACCACAACUGGCAAAGUGAUUAAAAUACAUAAAUCACCAGCUGACAAAGACCACAGAAUCGAUAACUUCUUUACCAAUAAAAGUGGAAGUACUAUUGUGGCCAAAGCAGAUGAAAGUUUUAUUAUAUUUGAUACAGUAAAUGGUAGAACUUCUACUGUCACACCAAAAGAUCUGAAAAUGGAAGUACUAUCAUAUGUAGCUGCAGUAUGUCCUAAUGGCAAUCAUGUUGUUCUCUCUGCAUGCAAGAUUGUUUCAACCGAGGAAUGGGAAAGUGAACCUAUUGGCUUUCUCUGGAACGUUCAAACAGAGAAGUCACUUCAGUUGGUGGAUUCAGUUUACCAUAUGAAAUAUAAAAGGAUAGAAAGUCCUUUAUCGGUAGCAUUAGAUGAGGUGCAGUUCCUGGACGAUGAGAAAGUUGUGUCUGCCCAUGAUGAUUAUAUCAUUAGAAUAUGGGAUAUUGAAAGUGGAAAAUUGGUGAAUAGAUUAACAGGGCACAGUAGACAGGCCAUGUUAACAGUACCAUAUGAUGGACCUUACUUCUUGUCUUAUGGAUUUAUGGAUGAAGAAGUCAUCAAACUCUGGGACAGGAAUAACUUUAAGUGCCUUUCAUCAUUUAAAUUUGACACAACUCUUGGGAAGCUUAAUUUUUGUGGAGACAAUGAAACAUUUAUAACAUCAACAGAUAAUCCUGUGAACAUUGUACACUGGAGUUUACAUGGACAAGGAAAUGCUGCCAAAGCUUUAAAGGAUUAUCCUAAAAUACAAAGGAAAAAUUAUAAUAUACAACUUGAGAUUGAAACUGAUGGAGACAUGGAAGUUGAACCUGAUGACCCAGAUACUGACCCUGAAGAACAAGAGGAUAGUGAAGAAGAAUGCAGUGAUUUAGAAUAUUAGAAAUUCUCUUUUGAAACAUGAAUUAUUCCUUGCAUUUUUUUAUUUAUUUUUGAGUCAUGUACAGUAUAUAUAUUAUAAAAUCUUCAGUUAUAGUCAGAUAUAAUCAUCUUUGGGAAUUGGAAAUUAUAUCUUUUAUAUGUUUCAAGCAUUUGCACUUUUGUGUAAAACAACAAUGAGUAAAAUUCUAGAAGUCAAGUACUGUGGUUUUAUUAUUUUUUGUGGGAUACCAAUUUUGGGUGAAUUUCUUAGGUAUAGGUAAACCACGAAUUCAAAUAAAACUAAAAAGUAAAAAUUUCUAUAUAUUUAUAUUUAUGUCUGUUCAUCCGUCCAAUCAGGACAAAGGUUUUGAUUAAGGUAGUUGACCAUGAAGUUGUGGUCACUUCAAUUUGAGAGUUACUACAUUAUGAUGUUAACUUUUUGAAUACAUGCCACAGUUAAAUGAACAUGGAAAUGUGAUAGUGUAUGGAUACAUAUUCUAGUUUGAUUUGUCCAUAAUAAAACAUCUGAUAAUUAAAAUUUAUGUGAAAUUAAUCCCGUCAAUUCAAAUUAAUACAAGUGACAUAUGCUUGUAUAUAACAUUUCUAUUGUUGAAUUAACAAAAGUUGUACUAAUCAUAAGAGUGACCUCAACUGAAAGAUGUGGAAAGCUUGAGCUGAAUAGGGCUGGUCCAUAUACAUUGUAUUAUCUGAAUAAGUAUAAACAGAAUUGGACAUUGAUGUUUAUGAACUUUACAAAAUUUAUUUUGUAAAUAUUUAUAUAUAAGAAUCAUUUAAUCAAUUUUACAAGACAUUUUGUUUGUGCAAUAUGGUGCAUUACUAAUUUUUAUAAUGUAUAGAAAUGUUCAAAACUGGAACCUUUCAGUAGGUUCUUUACACAAGACUGAAAUUUGAUAGACUAUUUACCUCAGAGUGUGAAAUACUGUAGAAACAUUCAUUUUCUUUGGCUUUAGAUUUCCUGUUUUUCUCUCUAAAUUCAAUUUCAUAGGGAUUAAUUUUGUGUAUUUCAGUAGGUGAAAGUAAAAUUCAUUGUAGAUUAAAAUUUUGUUGGGGGUUUAAUUUUUGUGGAUGAUAUUUCACUAAAUUAAAACAAAAAACAAAAGACAUCAGGAUAUAAAUAAUUGGCAUUACUGCACACACAAGUCAAACUAUUUCAAAAUGUAGUUAAAUUUUCCUGCAUUUGUAUCAUAAUUCACAUUUUAAGGUAAAUGGGACACCAUAGUUGUGUAUUUUAUUGUUAACAAAAACACUUCAGUGAGUGGUAUCUAAAUGUUAUUCCAUGUACACAGUGUUAUGUGUAAAAUAUGAUUAAUUGCAUUUUAAUCAACAAUUUAUCCAACAGAUAACUGUGAUACUUUUUCAUGCUGUCCAUUUAUAAUAACUGUAAAAUAUUGUUAUUUAUAUAUAUCUAUAGAUAUAGUUGACAAAAAUUUGGGUAUUUGUCAAGUUGUAUUUGAAUUUGUUAUUUAUAGAAAAUUUAUUGUCUGUUAUUUCUUUUAUGUUACUUUGUACUUUUUCAAUAAAACUUUUUGCAGGUA